CUCUGAUAGGUUGGCGUCAUCAGAAUCAACGUAUUGACGUGUGUUGAAGUAAAUAGGAGUAUGUCGAGGCAUGUGACGCGAACAGACCCUAUGAAUAUGAAUAUCGGCCAUAGAUUUAGAAAUAUUUGAAUUACCUCUAUUCUCAUUAUGCUCGAAUAAGAGACAAAUAAAUAAAGCUAGAAAAUUUUAUUUAAUAUCAGUUUUAAAGGGUGAUUGUGCAUUUUCAUCUGAUGUCUUUUUCUAUCUUGAUGAGGUUCAUUUCUCUUUAGAAAAGAGGAAAAAUUAGGUCGAUCAAAAUCUGCACGGAGUGCCAUAUUUUACCGCUUUUUGCAAUAAGGGUCAUUGUACGUACACUGUAAAAAUUGAGCAACGUGAUUGGUCAUUUACAGAAAUGUAUGUGCAGGUUUGAGAACAGGAGGGGUAAAUUCGCGGUAAAGACCGUGAAUAGGAAAAGAGAGGCUUUAGCGUGUUCUUCCAUAAAGAGAAACAUUGCGAGGUAAGAUAGAGCAGGUGCAAUUUCGUAAAGGACGAAAAGCAUCUUUCCAUCGCUUACAAUUUACUUUCUAAGAGAUAAGAUUUUUUCUACCUUUAACCUAACCUAUCCUAUCUAUUGCCGAAUUUUUACGCGGAAUAACGUGCAUAGAAACCACGUGUGAUCUUCGAGUUUCGAUAUUUGUACCAAACUGCUAGAAUCCAUAGAAUAAUUGGACCUUGUAUUUUUACACGGUGUUUUUUGUAGGUGAGCUCUUGUGAGGAAAAGAGCUGAACGUAUCUCUCUUUUGAAUCUUUUGAAUAUUGCUUUGAUACGAGGUGUUUACUUGCAUGGUCGAGAAUCACAUGUGAUUCUCGUUUCUUUUCUUCAAGCUUUGGUAAUUUCUUUUUUAAUAAAACUUGAACGUAUGCGAUCUAUUCUUUAGAUUUAUUUACAUUUCAAAUCUUAUUGUUCUGUUUUUGAAGUUAAAUUAUUUUUUUGCUUCUAUUCUUUAACUGUUAAUUGCACUUUUACUUUCAAAAAUUUUUUAAUUGCAAAUAAAUGAAUAUUCAUACAAAAACAAAGACGAAAUAAUUUAUUGUUACAUUGUGUCUUUGCUGGAAAAUUCUAUAUGAUCUCAAAUCUUAAAUCAACUGAUUAAUUGAACACAAUGGUUUUUUACAAUUAGUGUGUUAAUAUUCUAGCAAACUAGCAGUUAAAACAUGUAUAAUUUUAUACUUGUAAUUAUAGAUAUAUUUAUAAUUAUAGAUGGGUAAAAUUAUAAGUGUUUUAUUUCUAUACAUGAUGUAAAAAAAUGUAUUUUUAACUGUUAAUUUUUUAGUUUGCUCAGAUUAGAGCAUGUGGCUUAUUAUUUAAGAAAGGUACCAUAUAAAUUAAUUUUUUAUUUUAUAUAAAAGUUUUAAUGAAUUAAUUACAGAUUAAAAUCCAAAUUACAGAUGGAGAACAAAGUAACAAUGAUUAGAUUAAAAAAAUAUGUUAUAAAAGUAUAGUAAGUUAAAUAAAUGUUUGAGUUAAAUCUAAAUAAUGUAUUUUCAGUUACAGUUUCUUAUGUCUUUCAUAUAUUAUGUACGUAGAUAUAUUAUGUAACAUGAUUUUUAUGCACAUGUGUAUUUCAAUCAGGGAUUUGGACUAAAAUAAAAUUUCAGUCCUGUUACGGUUACGGUUUGUUAUAUUACCUUCCAUGUGAUUAUGGUAUAUUAAUCCCAUAACGUUUUGUUUUCUGGGGUGCACAUUAACCCUACAAUAUUUUAGUUUUUGGGAUGCACAUGUACCCUGUAACAUUUUGUUUUUGAGGUUAACCUCAUACCAUUUGUUUUUGGGGUAUACAUUAACUCCAUAAUGUUUUGGUUUUUGGAGUGCAUAUGUAUUAUUUAAAUUUAAUUUCUCUAUAUAAUUUUUGACAAAAUAAUUUUUCUAAUCACUUAAAAAAAAAAUAAUUGCUACAAGGAUGCAGAACCAAAUACUUGAAGAUGUUCGCAAGAUUCUUCUAUCCUUGCUAGUUUCUCGGAAAGGAAACUCCAUGCCGAUAACUGUUCUCGAGAAGGAGUACUAUGACAUGGAAGGGAGAUGCAUACCAUAUCGUCAGUUUGGUUAUAGCGACUUAGUGUUGUUUCUCCAAAAUAUGCCAGAUUAUUUUAAUGUUGUGCAAACCAAUGGUAAUUACUAUGUUUAUGGGAUUGCGUCGGAAAAAAGUAAACAUGUAAGCUCGAUGGUAGCACGACAGAAAUCGGAUCUUAAAAAAUAUAAUAUAACCCAUUCGCGCUCGUUUAAUCGGCGCUAUUAUGGAGGAAAGCAUCAACCAGUCAGAAUUACACCUGACAAGCUAUAUCAGCUUAUGCAGUACAUCAAGGGUAUUCCAGCUGGUGUGAGUCUGGAUAAUGCUAGGGGUUUCGUGCAGAACUUAGUACCAUAUGUUGAGGUCAAUAAAGAAGAUUUGAGGCAGCAACUGCGCGAGUUGUCGCAUCAGUUGUGCCUGGAUGGAAACAUGAUUUAUCCAAUCUGUAAUGAUUCUCCAGACAUGAAUCAGGCCCAGCCUUUGAUGAAAAAGGAUUGGUUAUCAUUGCCUCCUCACGAUUCACAGAAAAGGAAUCCGUCAAAGUCGCCGAGUGAUUCAGCAUCGCCUUUGAACGAGAAUAUAUGUGCUGCUGGGCAAGAAGAUUCUGAAUGUAUGUAUUUUAGUGAUGAAAAUUAUUUUGUGCCAGCCGGUUGCAGAGUGCACAACCAGAAACGUGCAACAACGUGCGAACAACUUGCAACGAAUAUUGCUCAAUAUGCGAAAAAUGAAGAAACCGACGUCAGUUACAACCAAGUUCAAAAUGAAAUAGAAAUUGAUGAAGAGUUUCUUAUGAUGGAUAGUAAGAGCAAAACAGAAAUAAAGACUCAAGAAAUUUCUGACAUAGUAAGUGACAAAAUAAAGAGUCGAUUGGAGGAACUGUUAAGAAAAUAUCCGGAAGGUAUCUGGUGUGCUCAAUUGCCUGACUUAUACCUUGAAGAGUACAAGGUGCGCCUGAAUUAUACUAAAUUAGGCUUUACCAGUGUGCGUGAAUUUACAUCUUACCUGCCGAAAAUCUUCUAUAUGACACAAAUCAACAAGACUGAUGAUUUUUUGUUGUUUCACGCGGAGAAAAGACCAGUAGUUCCAAAAACUGAGCCUAUUGAUAUAGUGCAAUCUUCACAUAAACAACACGACGAACACGAUACGGUCCAAGCAGAAUACAAUAAUAAUGACGACGAUGCGCCGAUUCCAUCAGAGAUUUCUCCUACUAUUACUAAGAGAUUUGCACCCGAUGAUGUGAUGAAUUACGACGAUAAUGUAGGAAAAAUAUCAGUAACUGAAUUACAACUCACUAGAAAGUUCUUGGAAAUAUAUAUUAUAGAAGUAUUUCAUCCAAGCUUUUUUUGGAUACAACUUCGAGAAAAUGUUAAACGGUUUAAUGCAAUGAUGGAGGAACUAUCCGAAUUCUAUGAGCUUAACAAAGAUACAUAUGCUAUUCCAAGAGUUGCCUUGAAAAAAGAUAUGCAUUGUGCUUGCGUUUAUAUGAAUAGGUGGCACAGGGGACUCAUUAAGAGAGUAAAACCAGAUUAUAGAGUAACAGUAUUUUUUUAUGAUUACGGCACUUUGAAGACAUAUCCAUCGGAUGAAAUAUAUUAUUUACACAAAAAGUUCUCUGCUUUACCUGCCCAGGCAAUACCUUGUGGCUUAUAUAAUGUUAUACCAACUACUGGUGAACGCUGGAAAAAGAGCGUAAACGAUCAAUUCAUUGAUAAGAUUGCCGAUACUCUUUUAGCUGCAACUAUAAUGUCUGUUAAUGCUACGGAUAAUUCUAUGUUAGUUGUUUUGGUCGACGUCAGUGAAGAAGAGGAUGUGAAAAUAAAUGAUUGGUUAGUGAAUGAGAGACUAGCGCUGAUUGGUAAAACGGCCGAUGCCGUUGACAUGGCGAACCUAAUGAAGUAUGUGGUAAACAGUUCGAACCAUUUACCGUCUUAUUGCUUUGCGGAGGAGAACCCGAUGCCCGACAAUCUGAUCCGACGGUCUGAUUGCAAGACAGCAUCGACUGAGUACGAGGUACCCUUGGUUUCGCCUGGAUCGACUCAUCCAUGUUACAAUAAUUAUCAACCGCAGCAGUCAGUGAGACCACCACCAGGUUUUCUCCCUCUUGGUGACCAACUCAUAUCGUCUAACGUAUCGACAAGAAGCUUUUAUGAUGAUUAUUCUUUCGUGAAUGCGUCGAACGUGAAUGCGCCAAACGUGAAUGCGUCGAACGUGAAUGCGCCAAACGUGAAUGCGUCGAACGUGAAUGCGUCGAACGUGAAUUCGUCGAACGUGAACGCGCCAGUUUUCGACGAUACGGAGCCGAUGAUGAACCCAUUCUUGACCGAACAAUUUAUUAAGGGUGAUAACAUCAAACAGAUGUACAUGUCGAUCUGGAAUGAUAAUAAAGGGUUACAGAUCAGAGUGGGCGAAAUUCUCAACGAUCUGCUGGAACAUUCAUCACUCUCAUUUCAAGAUCAGACUCAAUUGAAUAAGAUAUUAAAGAUUAUUGAGAUGGUUUUAUUAGAACAAAAAGAUAAUUGUUCCACUGCCGUGAAAACUCCGCCAGCAUCCAAUUUUAUGAGCGGAAUGACGUCGAAUGUUAAUGUUGGCUCGCAAAAGGCAUCGUGUAAUUUAAAUAGCGAAACUUUCGCGAAUCAGGAGCUUAAUGCAAAUACUUUCUCGAAGUCAAAUCCGUUCUGCGUGAACAACAGCGACAGAUCGCAGAGUAAUGCCACAUUUUCUACUUACGGUACUGCAGAUGGUUUUUCCUUUAAAACCAACUGGAGUCAAUCUAGUGAAGACAAUUCAAAUGUACAAAUACCUCCUUCGACAACUCCAAGUCCUACACCCUCAAUGUUUGUUAAUCACAUGUCACCAGUCAAUACCUUUCCUCCAACAGCCAAUCAGGAAAAUGUUCCUUUGUUGAUGUCGGCGACUCCAGCGAAUUCUAGCUCUAUUAAUUUCCCAGAAAUGCUAGACAAUGUGAAGAUUCAGUUCGCUAAUAUGUUUAAAGACACGAAUCCAUUUAAGGCUUCUAUGACUGAAAUGCAAAUAACGGAGACGCAAAAUGAGCGAACGGCUCAUAAUUACGAUGCGAAUCUCGCAUCAUAUGUCUCUGCUACAAAUUCGCAAAGCUAUGCUUCACAAACAGAAACUGCAAACAUUUACACAAAGAGCAAUGGCUUUACUUCUGCAGGGCAUGUUGGUGAAAAUUAUACCCCAAAAAUCGUCUAUGAAUCUGGUCCAGUAAUGUAUAACACACAGACAAAGCAAGUAGACGUAGAUGCAAGGUUAAACGCAUGCAGUAGCAAUCAUAAUAACAUUCAGAACGCUCAGUCUCUCGAAUUAGGACAAUAUAGUAUGAAAUCGGCAUCACAGCCUGUGAACAAUAUUGUUGCUUCGCAAACGCAAUCUAAACCGAUAAAUCAUCAGAUGACGAGAGAGCAAGUUACCGAUUAUGUCACUCAAGUAGCAACAUAUCUACAAAAUUCACAACCAAUAAUAAAUAACGAACCGACAUAUUACCAGCAAAACGGUAAUGUGAAUAAUUUGCGACCUUUAUCAGCACAAAGUUGGAAUUCAGAACAAAUGGUCAACUCAAAGUUCCAAAAUAGUGUUCCUUUAUCGAAUCACAAUGACAUCACUCUGUUUGACGCACCAUCGAUUACUUUAUCUCAUCAAGAUUGGAAGUGUGAUAAUAACAGAUCAUCUGUACCUCAGAAGAAUGAAGCGACUGACUCGAGCUCUAGUUUCAAAUAUAAAAACAAUGAAAAGCUUAGCUGCACAAAUUCCUGGUACAACACUGAAGCUGAAUCCAUUCAGUACAGGAAUGCAGUUUAUAACAGCAGUUUCCUGUUUCAAAAAAUUGAUUCAAUUAAAGGCGUAACGUUUAUAUUUAAUAUCGAACAAGACGGUUGGAUACUGACACAUGAAUUUGUAGAAACUUUCACAAAUCUCAAAUUGUCUUCUCGAUUAAUGGUCGUAUUAGAAGCAUUGAAUAUAAAAGUUGUUUUUAAAGAAAUCCAGAGAUCUGAGUAUCCCAUACAAUUUUCACAACUAGACAGGUAUCCUCUAAAUGCUCCCAGAGAUUCUGAAAAGCGCAUUAUCUCUAUUCAUUUGAUUUCACUACAAACUAUCUUAACAUUAUUGCAUAAGUUGAAGAUUAUUUCGCGUGAUGAAAUAGAUAAGGCCUUUAAGAAAAACGAAUUUCUGGAAGGUUCUGUUCUAUCUACUUUAUGGGUGAGUGCUAUUAAACUGAAUGUGAUGUCAUCUAAAAUUUCAGUUUGUUAUUAAGACUUUAAUGGUCAAUUAUCGUGAAUUCAAACGUAAUAUUGAAUUUUAUUCAAAAUAUAUAUGAAUGAGAUACAUAGAUUUAGAUAUAUAAAUAAAAAAAUAUAUAUAUAUAUAGAUUGAGCUAUAUAGUUUUGCUUUACAGACCAAAUAAGAGAAUCUAGUGAUUUUUUUUCUUAAUUGACUGACAUUUAAUGUAAAUAAUGUUACUUAUAAGUAAUAUGACCAUUGUUAACAUUUCUUUUAGUAAGAAAAUAUCAGUAAUUACAGUAUAUACCUGUGUAUAAGUUUUAUUUUUUUAUUUUUAUAUAUAAUGAGCACAAGUAAUAUUUAGAUUAUAUCUCUAGUGAAUUCUUUAUACUUAGAAUUGUAAUAGUGUUUAUUAAAAAUACGAAAUUUGUACUAAUGAUGAUCAUACAUACAAAGCUAUUGUCCAAUUUAGAUUAUAAGUAGAAAUGCUAGUUUUUUGUUUUGCUAUAUUUUUUCUUCAGUAAUUAGUCUAUCAUUAACUGAAACAAACUUAUAUAAAACCUGUUUUAUGUAAUUACAUUAGAACAGGUAUUUUUGCUCUCGCUUAUAGUUGAUAAUAUUUUCAUUUAUAUUAUUAUUUUUGGUAAUUUACUUUAUUUAAUUAGAUAAAUUAUUAUCUGAUUAGGCAUAGUCUUAAGUAAUGAUGAUUAAGAGAUAUUUUUGUAAUUUUUAUAUGAACGACUUAAGAACUGCCAAAUAAUAUUUGAUGUUGAAGAAGAGCUAUUAAAACCUUGUAUAAAAAAA